AACACCGCCUCCAGUGCAAGAGCGGUAGGACUACACUUGUCAAAGGCAUCAUGUCAUCUGUGUAUGCAGCAUCCCGUAUUUUGUCAAAACGGGUUUUAACACCAAAAACCUGUACAGCGGCAGCGCAGGGAGCUUCGAGAAAUAUCCAUUUUUCUGUCUAUGGAAAAAAUCAGGAUGCAAAAGUGUCAGAUGAUAUAUCCACCCAGUAUCCAGUGGUGGAUCAUGACUUUGAUGCUGUGGUGGUGGGCGCGGGAGGGGCAGGUCUGCGGGCCGCCUUCGGCCUGUCUGAGGCUGGGUUCAACACAGCCUGCGUGACCAAACUCUUCCCCACCAGGUCCCACACAGUGGCUGCACAGGGUGGCAUCAACGCUGCACUGGGCAACAUGGAGAACGAUGACUGGCGGUGGCACUUCUAUGACACAGUGAAGGGAUCCGAUUGGCUGGGAGACCAGGAUGCCAUCCACUACAUGACGGAGCAGGCACCAGCUGCUGUGGUGGAGCUGGAAAACUUUGGGAUGCCCUUCAGUCGCACAGAGGACGGCAAGAUCUACCAGAGGGCUUUCGGAGGGCAGAGCCUGAAGUUUGGCAAGGGCGGGCAGGCACACAGAUGCUGCUGUGUGGCAGACAGGACCGGGCACUCUCUCCUGCACACGCUCUAUGGACGGUCUCUGCGAUAUGACACCAGCUACUUUGUGGAGUACUUUGCCCUGGACCUGCUGAUGGAGGAUGGGGAGUGUAGAGGUGUGAUCGCCCUGUGCAUGGAGGACGGCUCCAUCCACCGCUUCAGGUCCAAGAACACCGUCAUCGCCACCGGUGGUUAUGGCCGAGCCUAUUUCAGCUGCACCUCAGCCCACACCAGCACUGGGGACGGGAAUGCCAUGGUGACGCGCGCCGGCCUGCCCUGCCAGGACAUGGAGUUCGUCCAGUUCCACCCCACAGGUAUCUAUGGUGCCGGCUGCCUGAUCACAGAGGGCUGCCGAGGGGAGGGAGGAAUCCUCAUUAACAGCGAGGGAGAGCGCUUCAUGGAGCGGUACGCCCCCAACGCCAAAGACCUGGCCUCCAGAGACGUGGUGUCGCGCUCCAUGACCAUCGAGAUCCGCGAGGGAAGGGGUGUGGGGCCCGAUAAGGACCAUGUGUACCUGCAGCUGCACCACCUGCCCCCCCAGCAGCUGGCCACGCGCCUGCCCGGCAUCUCGGAGACCGCUAUGAUCUUCGCCGGAGUGGACGUCACCAAGGAGCCCAUCCCCGUGCUGCCCACCGUCCACUACAACAUGGGCGGCAUCCCCACCAACUUCAAGGGACAGGUGAUCACCCAUACUGAUGGUGAGGACAAGGUGGUGCCCGGGCUGUAUGCCUGCGGUGAGGCGGCGUGCGCCUCUGUCCAUGGUGCCAACCGGCUGGGUGCCAACUCCCUGUUGGACCUGGUGGUGUUUGGGCGUGCCUGUGCCCUCACUAUCGCAGAGACAUGCACUCCAGGAGAGAAACUCCCACCCCUGAAGGCCAGCUCUGGAGAAGAGUCGGUAGCUAAUCUGGACAAAAUCAGACAUGCUGACGGAAACACCAGAACAUCUGAGAUUAGGUUGAACAUGCAGAAGACUAUGCAGAAUCAUGCCGCGGUGUUCCGCACUGGUGAUGUUCUCAAGGAGGGAUGUGAGAAGAUGGACGCCAUUUACCAAACCAUGGCAGAUCUGAAGACAUUUGACAGAGGUAUUGUGUGGAACACGGACCUGGUGGAGACCCUGGAGCUCCAGAACCUGAUGCUGAAUGCCGUUCAGACCAUCCAGUCUGCUGAGGCCCGCAAGGAGAGCCGGGGAGCCCAUGCCAGAGAGGACUGCAAGGACCGCGUUGAUGAGUAUGACUACUCAAAGCCACUCGCCGGACAAGAGAAGGUGCCAUAUGAAGAGCACUGGAGGAAACACACCCUGUCCUAUGUGGACGAGGCCACUGGCAAGGUGACUCUGGAGUAUCGCCCUGUGAUCGAUGCAUCCCUGGAUCAGGAAGACUGCGCCUCCAUUCCCCCUGCCAUCCGCUCAUACUAAGCAAUAUCCAUCCACAGGCCAUUCACUGCACAUGUGCUUUGAUUUAUCACUUUGUUUUUUAAGUGUGCUUAGGAUCCGUGAGAAAGUUGUACAUUUCUUGUUCUUGUUCUCACAUAAUGAUCUAAAAAUAUACUCCUAAUGGGAGCGGAUGCAUGAUGUACCUAAGGUUUUACAGUAAGUGAGAAGGAAAUGGCGAAUGAAGUCAGGGUUUUUCUGUAAAUGUUGAGACAAGUGAGAUUGCGUUUUCUAAGAGAGGUUUGAACUUAAUGUUGAGAGAAACACUUCUUGACAGUUGUUUUUAUUUUCAGUGGCCUUCACGAAAGAUGAGUAAUGCAAUGAAGUUCACCGGGUAAUACACACGGUUGGAUUUUCCGCUUUAAUGCCGCAUCGCACAAAAUAUUCUAUAACCUGCCUAAAUGUAAAGAUAGUGUUAUUGAAAUAUUGCAGUAAGAAAUAGUUACCACUGGUGAUGUUUAAAUAGUAACAGCAUUUAUUCACAUCACAAUAAGGACAUUGAACUCCAGUAAACUCUCAGUGUCGUCUUCUUUCCAGAUGGUUAAAAUGUGUAGCAGUGUAUCAUCCAUCCAGUUUCUGAGCUUUUCAUUCUAGAAAGCAAGCAAUACAAUGACUUCACAUGAUACAGUAUAUGCUAGUUAACUGUCACUGGUAGACUGACAUGACACCAUUUAGAGGGAACAAAGAUGUUGGAAGGGACUUGAAUUUUUUGUUUUGAAUUGUAGUAUUACAUUCAAUGUGCAUUUAAUUUAUUUAUUCUGUAUAUAACUGUGUUGGGUAAAUAUCGUUAUAAGUUGAUUGCUCAUGCUACAUGUGAUGACUUUUGCUGACUACUGUAUUUGUUCACAAUAAUAAAAUGGCGUCAA